AUGAAGCAACAUAAAGAUAAUGGGGAGCUCGAAAGAUUUGGCGAUGUUCGGAACAACAUCGUGACUGCCCUUGAUGAGGCACGGAACAUUGCGUCUAAUGCCAAAGAACUGAUUCUUGACGCCGAAGAGAGCAAAGGUACCUGGUUUGACAGAUUCAGAACCGGUAAGGUUUUCGUGACGUAUCAGGGCGCAGAUGCCAAUGGCCAGGUUAUUGGAACAACACGUUGGGAUCGUGUUUAUGGUAUGAGUCGAACUUCUUUUCUUCAUAUUUGUUUUGCGAAUCAGCAGCUAAUUUGA